UGAUCGCUCCGCAGGCGACCGUUCGGCGUUAUUAUCGAGCUCCAAGACUAUACAACACACAUGAGAUAGAUGGACUUAUAACAAUGGAAUAUCACUGCGUUCUGUUUACUGUUUUGUUGCAGUUAAUCAUCCAACCAGGCAGGUCGAGGCCUACCAUUACCCCACAAGGUCCCUGGCUCACAGUACCACUGAACAGCAACUUCAGUUUGCACUGCCAGGGUAACAUUUCAGUGCGCUGGCAGCAUGAAAACCGUCCCAUGCGUACCCUGAAGGAGGAACAAAGACAGGGUCAACUGACAAUUCUUAAAGUGAACAGAGCCGGCCCUCAACACUUGGGAAAAUAUUCAUGCCGAGAGGAGAAUACUGGUGAAAAGAGCUCAAUCUAUGUGUACGUGAAAGCAUUCCUCUCAGCAGAUCCUGAAAAUCCCUUCAGGAGGACCAUCGUGUUCGACAUUGUUGCGGCAGAAGGAGAUACGACGGUGAUCCCAUGCUUGGCCACAGACCCAGAUAUGAAAAAUUUGAACCUGCAGAAAUGUGACGGACAGCCCCUUCCCAACAGCCUGCGAUAUUCAGCCAGUCUCGAGACGGGAGUGUCGGUGGAAAAAGUCAGGAAGGAAUUUGAGGGAUGUUACGUCUGCGUCGGAACUCUGGAAGGCGUUGCGGUUAAAUCCGGAAGAUAUCAACUUACUGUCCGACUUGUUCCAGACGCACCUCCUCCGAUCACACUGGGUCAGCCUCAAAGAGUGUUGCUCACCCAGGGGGAAAAACUCUCCCUAUCCUGCUCCACCUCAAAUGUCAACAGCGACAUCGCAAUCAAGUGGAAGGCUCCGAACGGAGUGAACCCAUCAGUGCACCAGAACUCACAUCUUCUGACGGAGCCCAUUACUCACGUGAGGACGGCCAUCCUCAGCCUGAGCUCUGUGACCAUGCAGGAUGCCGGCAAUUACAGCUGUGAGGCCAUGAACGAGAAAGGGACCACUGCAAAGCGAGUCUGGGUCAACAUCUUUGAAAAAGGAUUCAUUAAUAUAACAAGUGUGGACAACAGCACUAGGAGAGUGAGGGCUGGAGAAAGUCUGUCUCUGCGUGUGGUAAUGAGCGCUUACCCAAAGCCUCAUACGUUUUCCUGGAGCUACAGUGGUGUAAAACUUACCAAUACUACUGAUCAUGUCAUUACCAGCCGGACACAUGGAAAUAGUUACACCAGCGAGCUGAAGCUAGUGCGUCUCAAGGUGUCAGAAAGUGGCAUUUACACCUUUUCAUGCUUAAACCGAGAUGCAACUAUCCGUCAAACGUUCGAAGUCCAUGUCAUCAGCAAACCGCAGAUUGUGUCCUAUGAAGGGCCGAUUGAUGGACAGGUGCGCUGUGUGGCCGAAGGUUAUCCCACUCCUCAGAUCAAGUGGUAUUACUGUGACCUGCCCCAUUCAAGGUGCUCUAAUCUACUGAAUGCCACUCAGGAGGAGGAGGAUGUUGUCACCGUGACCAUGACAAAUCCUCCCUUUGGGAAAGGCGCAGUGGAGAGCCGUCUAAACAUCACCAAGAACAAUUACGCCACCCUUGAAUGCGUGGCAUCUGCCAAUGGGGAAAUCGUGUACACACUCUUCUCUAUCAGCGAGAACACUGUUCCUCAUGAACUCUUCACGCCGCUGCUCAUCGGUUUUGUAGCCGCAGCUGUUAUUCUUGUUCUCAUCCUGAUCGUGCUGACCUACAAGUACAUGCAGAAACCCAAGUACCAAAUCCAAUGGAAAGUCAUAGAGGGUAUUCAUGGAAACAACUAUGUGUACAUUGACCCCACUCAGCUUCCAUACGACCACCAGUGGGAGUUUCCCAGAGAUAAGCUGCGAUUUGGAAAAACUCUUGGAUCUGGAGCAUUUGGAAAGGUGGUGGAGGCAACGGCUUAUGGGAUGUCAAAAGCAGACACUGUGAUGACCGUAGCUGUGAAGAUGCUGAAACCGAGUGCCCAUGCGACAGAGAAAGAGGCUCUGAUGUCAGAGCUGAAGGUGCUUAGUUAUCUUGGGAACCACAUUAACAUUGUCAACCUGCUUGGGGCAUGCACUGUUGGAGGUCCAACUUUAGUUAUAACAGAGUACUGCUGUUUCGGCGACCUGUUGAACUUCCUGCGCAGAAGGAGAGUGUCCUUCUACUACACUACACUAGGCGAAGAUGCUUACUAUAGAAAUGUCAUGAUGCAGUCAGAACCAAAUGACAGCAGAAGUGGAUACAUGACCAUGAAGCCCUCUGCACUGGGGAGCCUGUCCUCAGAAAACAGACGAUCACUUACUAAAGGUGAUUCAUACAGUGAUUCAGAUGCCGUCAGUGAGAUUCUGCAGGAAGACGGCUUGACUCUAGAUACUGAGGAUCUUCUCAGCUUCUCCUACCAAGUAGCCAAAGGGAUGGAUUUUCUGGCAUCAAAGAACUGUAUUCACAGAGACCUGGCAGCUAGAAACAUUCUCCUCACCCAAGGCAGAGUGGCCAAGAUCUGUGACUUUGGACUAGCCCGAGACAUCACAACUGACUCAAACUAUGUUGUCAAAGGCAAUGCUCGUCUCCCAGUAAAAUGGAUGUCCCCGGAGAGCAUCUUUGAGUGUGUUUACACCUUCGAGAGUGACGUCUGGUCGUAUGGCAUCCUGCUGUGGGAGAUCUUCUCCCUUGGGAGUAGUCCAUAUCCAGGGAUGCCUGUGGACUCUAAAUUCUAUAAGAUGAUCAAGGAAGGAUAUCGAAUGGAGUCACCGGAGUUCUCCCCGAAUGAAAUGUACGAUAUCAUGCACUCGUGCUGGGAUGCCGACCCCGUCAAGAGACCCUCAUUUAGCAAGAUAGUGGAGAAGAUCGAACAACAGAUCUCAGACAGCACCAAACAUAUUUACUUAAACUUCAGCUCCAGGUUGCCAGCAGCACCAGGUCCCCGUGAGGAAUCCAGUUCUCAUGUCCAUCGACUAAACUCAGUGGGGAGUCACAGCACCGCCACUCAACCCCUGCUCUCCAGCAACGACGUCUUUUUGGAUAGAUCGAGUCCAAGUCAGCCUCUAGUCUGAAGAUCCCACUCUCAGCAAAAAACUUCAUCUUCUAAGACUCUCUGCGUCAUUGUAGCUGUCUGACAUAUUUGAGGACUUUGGUGAAAAACACUGAUCGUAAAUCUCAAGAGCUUACCGGCUCUUUCCACCUUUCUUGCAGACUGUGUAUAUAAGAAAGGACAGUGAUGGUGUGCUUUCCUAUUACCAUUUCAUGCGUUCUUUGGAACUGUGGGACACUGAGUUUUCAAGAAAGCUAAUAAUCAAUGCUGGCAUCAUUCCAUGGUACUAUAUCUCCAAUGCGGAUCUGCAGGAGAACUGAACUUGUUUUCUAUAGAAUCCCUUCAUUACGUGGGAUAUAUAUAAACACAAUAAUGCUUCUUUUUGCUAGUCGUCGAGUCUUUACAAGUGACAGUCAAACGGGCUUAUUUAAGUCGGAGAUAAGAUCAAAUCACGAUGAGAACUUUGGAAAUUCGACAUCUGACGUCAUUUUGACAUGAUCUUUUAGCUGAAAAUGCAUUAUAUCGCACCUUUAACACUCGUGUGUUGAAUAUGACUCACUGAGUGUCAGUAGUAAAAGUGUAAAUCGCUGUUAUUUUCCUAUCGAAUUUAUCAUUUCUGCUCAAAAAUGAAAAUAUCCAACACGUAUAAGGCUACGUUAUCUGGAAAUGUAUGUAUAAGCAGCAAUAAGUCCGCAUUGUAACUUUGACAGCAUGAUCAUGCGCAAGCCAAAAAACAAGCUACUUGAUGCAUGUUGCGUUGGGGCUAGUAUUUUGUCUGUUGGCAGCUGAAUCUGUAAGUUUAUGUUUCAAUAGACCAAAUUAAGGCACAAUUCAGUUCACUGUCAGGAAAGAUGUUGAGACAGGUAGAGGCAAUUCAUCACAGCUCAUCAUUUACUCAGUGAUAUUUUGGUUACAUAGCAGUAUUAUGUUAUUAGCUUGUGUUGUCUUCUUUUUUUUUUUCUUUCAACCUGGAAACGUAAUUUGGGACAGCAAAACGAUCCAGUCAAGCGGUAACUCAAGCUUGAGGCAUCAAACUUUUAGACAGUGUUUCUUUUAGGGAUCACUUUAAACCGUUUCUGUCACUUCUACAAGGAAAAUAUCUGGUUAAAAAAACACUGGUUUCAUUUGUUCGGCUUGGUUUAGAGUAGUUUUUAAAUAGGACGUGGUUCUAUAAUGGUGGAAGAUCAGGUAGCUUCUGUAGCAUCAGUUCUGUUCUUUAUUCCACAACAAUCAGAGUGAAAACAUAUCUUAUGAAACUGGAAGGCAUAGCAAGUAGUGCUCUUUUGUACAUUUGUAAAUGUUUCGCUAGCUUCUCUUUUUUUGCAUUAAAAGUAAUGUGGAGGUUGAUUCGUUUUAAGUAAAGACACCUCUUAAGGUACGUUUAUACAACAAUGACUACAUUUACAUGGACAUCUGUAAUCAAAUUAUUUGCUUUGAUCUGAAUAAGACAAUAAUAAGAUUAAGGUGUUUACAUGAGUUGCUUUUUGAAUGUUCCUUUCAUGAUCCCAUUUUACAUGCUAUAGCACGUAAUUCGAUUAACGUAAUUGCAUCACCGUGCUAUCCACAUUUCCUCCAGAGUUUCAUGUAAUUUCGGGUGUUUUAUUUUUAAUUUGUCGACUUUAACUGAAGUUUGCCACUUUCACUUUAAUUAAAGAACAUUUCAUGCAUGCCCCCCAUGACAAAUGAGAUAUUGGAUGAGAGUAUGAAGUGCUGGAAUAGUGGUGUUUUAAUAAAAUUUGAUACCACACACCGUAUGGGGGGAAAAAACUCGCAAUGCAGGUGUCUGUGGUGCUUUGCUGACUCGGUAGGUGCAGAGAAUAGUCAAACAGCCGUGUGUAUAGAAUAUCUUGUCGCAAAAUGCGGUGAAAAUCCUACACGACGAUAAUAGUUUAGGCAUUUUCAUGCCUGUAAUGUGACUAAAAUCUGCAUGCUCCACACGGUAAUUUGAUUUUUGUUUAGUUCGAUAAUGACCUUAAUCGGAUUAAAUGAAUAAAAAACACUGUUUACAUGAUAGACUCUUAAUCAGAGUAUUGUCUUAAUCAAAAUAUAAUCGGAUUAUUCUUGUCCAUGUAAAUGUACUCAAAUGUUUUUCUCUUGUGUAUUUGAAAACUUUCGCAAAUGACAGUGUUGUCAAAAUAGUUCCUGUGGAAACAAUUGCUAAACAACACUGCAUUAUGCUUGCCAGACCAGUAGGUGGCAACAAAACAAAACACUUCGGCUCUGUGCACAUACAGUUCUGUAGUGGUUCUUGGUGUUGUUGUUUUUUUAGGAUGUCAAUCACUCAUAAAAUAUGAGUAAUAAGUCCACUGAUUAGUGGACGACAUCAACGUUUUCGCAAAAUCACGUUUAUUGUUGUUUACAAAAAGACAAUAAUUGUAUUCUUUCUGAAAUGUUUGUGAAGACCGAUAUUAAAAUUAAAAAUUUCCAGACCCCUGAUUUUUGCAAAAUUUUGUGCAAACAUUACGUAAAUACAUUACUAGUUACUGGCGAUAUUGUAAUCAUGAUUAAGGGUGCUUUCACAUCUGCGAUUAGAUUUAUUUGGUUCUGACCAAGGGCAGCAAAUAAUACAUUGUAGUUUUUUUCAUCAGGUUUUUUUUCACACCACGCUGAUUGUGCUUUUCCAAAACAGUUAAAACAAACCAAAAAAAUGCAGUCAUGUGACUACAUCCACAUCACUCGCCAGAUGUCAUUGAACGUAUUUCCUAAAUUGCUUUUCUAAAUGGUCAGAAUUAACAUACGCAAACAUUCCUUUGGUAACUUCGAAAGUAAAGAAACAAAGGAGGAAAAUUUGGCCGAUCACGCAUAACUGACUACGGCAGCUGGUUUAGUCCAAUAAUGCACAGAACUUUUUGCAAUUGGGUCUGUUUAAGUUCAGAUCAUAUUCUCAGCACAAGUGAACAGCUCCAGUGUUCAUUUAAAAGCAUAACUGGACUACCUCUUUAAGCAAGUCUGUAUAAUUUUUGGUCUGCUUUUGGUGUGCACUUGGGUGCGAUUGCUGCGAUUCAACCCAGUUAAAUGAGGCUAGUGUGAAAGCACCCUUAAACAAUAACUAUAUUUUUUUUGGUCACACUUUAUUUUGAUGGUCUGUUUGUUGAAUUUGAAUUACAUUACAUCUACAUGCCAACUAAUUCUCAUUAGAUUAUAAGUAGUUAGGUUGGGGUUAGUGUAAGUUGACAUGUACUUGCAAAGUUUCUUAUAGUAAGUUCAAUGUCUGUUGAAGGAGCAGACAGUCUACUAAAAUGGACCAUCAAAAUAAAGUGUUACCUUUUGUUUUAUAAUUGGCCGAAUAUGUAUUCAAGAGUUAAAAUUUUCAGGCAAUGGAUGGCCAAAAUACUUAAAACAUGUUCCAUUAUUAUUUCAUUGUUGUGUAAACGUACUCUGAGGUUGUGCGGUCUUUCUGCGUUCUUGUGUUUGCGGAAAUGGCGGGUUAUUGUUUCCUACAGACUUGACUCAGUUACUCUUCUACACCAACUGUUGUGCCUGAAACGUUAUCUCUGCUCUUUAGCCAAUGAGAAUCAUGCUGUCGAUGGUUGAGCCAAUAGAAAGCUGCCGCUGGGGUGUAGAAACGGGUGCCAAUGGCUUCUUGCUCUAUAUAGGAGUAGCCGACGAAGGAUCUGCCAAUAGAAAGGUGGCUUUCAGAUGGAGGACACACAAAAAAAAAAAAUAAGAGCGGCUUUCUGUUACUUAGAUGAGCCAAUCGGAUUCUCAUUCCACUGCCAAAGGGAAAAAGGCAGAAAAUGCUUUUGAAUAUGAGCAAUGACUGAGUCGAGCUGAGCAAACAUCAGUAGUCCAGGCACUCAGUCAGGAGCUCGUUUCCCAGGUCUCCCUCUGUUCUUUGUGUCCAGCUGCUUCCCCCGCCGGAUGUCUCACUUCCACAAAGUCAGCCGGGGAGAUCUUUUUCAGACUGUCUCCCAUCUCCACGCCACACUGGGACAUUGUUCCUGAUAGGCACUGGCUCUUGCUUCCAUUUGCGCUAAUGUGUUUUGCGUGUCUGCAUGAGUGUAUGAAUGUGUAAAUGCAGGUCAUUUGCUGUUAAAAUAGCAGAGCACUGAUGGAUCCUCCAGUAGAAGGACUGUAGUUAAUGAAUUUCAGAUUUGAAGUCAAAUGCUGAAGCCGCUGCAUACAUACCAUCACUAUUUGCUCUUUUCUUUAUGUAAAUAAUAUAUAUAAAUAUAUGUAUAUCAUAUUGUUGCUUCUUAUUUUAUUAUCAUGGUACGUUCUCUCAUGUGCUGCAAAGAUUUUGUUUUGUAUGUUACAGUUUGUCAAUUCCAUAUAAGUUUACUUGAUCAUCUUCUGUUAUUGUCUUGCCUCUUGAUUCUUUUCUUCAUAAGUGCAGUUUUCAGACACACGGCAGGUACAGUUGGUUACACAUUUAAUCCAUUUACAUUAUAUUCGCCGUUGCUUUUCUGUUUCAGUAUUUUCAAUGGUGUCUGAGUGAACGAUGCCAGGAGGAGUAUACGUGAAAACUAAACACAGACGGUCCAGGAUUCCCAAUUGUGACCGCUACAGUUCUCAUACGCAUUUUUCUAUAAUUGAAAGGUGUUUUGCCCCUGAGAAGAUUUGUUUAAUGUAUUUUAUUGUAUAUUUAUUUUACAGUUUUUAUUUUUAAGACAAAUGUGCAAAUCCUGUGUGUAGCUCUUGUUACUUCAGUAUGUAAAUAAAUAACUGAAACCAUGA